UUAAACUUGAGAAUAUAUAAGAAACACAAGAUGACAAUUAUUUUACACUAAGAAAGCCUAUAACCAGUUUUAAUACACUCUAAAACAUUUUCUUCACAAAAUGGGCUCUGAAACCAUUCAAAGCUUCCCGGUCAUAGAUUUCUCUAGCACAGAAUUAAAGCCAGGGACCCCUUUAUGGGAGACAGUGAAGUCCCAAGUUCGGAAAGCAGCAGAGGAGUAUGGUUGCUUUGAAGCUGUGUUUAAAAACAUUCCUCAAGAGCUUCGAAAGGCAAUGAAUGGAGCAUUGGAAGAGAUUUUUGCAUUACCCUCAGAAAUCAAGAAGCUUAAUGUUUCUGAAUUACCUUUCCAUGGUUAUAUUGGACCAUCUUUUCCAGGUUCAAUAUAUGAGAGCUUGGGCUUUUAUUAUCCUGACAACUAUGACAAGGUUCAGAAUUUCACCAAUGUCUUCUGGCCUGAAGGAAACAUAAAUUUCAGCAAAACUUUAUAUGGUUUCUCAAAGGCAUUAGCAGAAUUAGAUCAAACAGUAAGGAGAAUGAUUGUGGAGAGCUUUGGAAUUGAGAAUUUAUUGGAUGAACACUUGAAUUCAACUUACAAUUUUCUUAGAGUGACUAAAUAUGAAGCACCAAAAACCUCUGAGAAAAAGACAGGGCUACGGGCUCAUACAGAUAAGAACACAACUAGCAUUUUAUACCAGAAUCAGAUUGAUGGCUUAGAGGUACAACUGAAAAAUGGUGAAUGGAUCAAUGUCAAAUUCUCACCAGACUCCUUCAUUUUCAUAAUUGGAGAUUCUCUAAAUGCAUGGACAAAUGGUCGAUUGUAUAGCCCAUUCCAUCGUGUUAUAAUGAGUGGAGACAAGACAAGACACUCUGCUGUGUUGUUUACAAUUCCUAAUGAAGGGUAUACAAUAAAAGCUGUAGAGGAGCUAGUGGAUGAAGAACAUCCCUUGCAAUUUAAGCCUUUUGAAUAUAAGGACUACCUUAAACUCCGUUUUGGAGAGGUUGGAAAAGUUUAUGAAGCGCCAUUGAAGGAGUAUUUUGGUGUUUGACCAUUUCAGAUAUGCUAUCUUUAUGAUUGUCAUUUGUGUUCUUGUACAUGUAUGAAGCUGUUUGUUGUUCAAGAAUUGGUGAUCUUUUUGUUAUUCAAUG